AGAAGUGGCAAAUACAUAAGGUUUAAACAAUUAAUUAAUUAUAACAUGUAAAUUAUAAAAUUAUUGUAUUUGAAAUAGUUAUAUAAAUAUUUAAGUAUAUGAUUAACAUUAAAAAUAUAUACCACUUAUGUUCUAAAACAAUAAUUUAUGUAUAGAAAAAUGAAAACAAACACCCGUGCGGUUGCACGGGUCAAAAUCUAGUUAGUGUUUAAUUAGUUUUGCUGCUACCACCAAUAAACACUGCAUUUAUAGAUGGUAGUUGUUCUUGUCGUUUUACAUCAAACACCAAGAAUGAUGUAAACUGCGUUGCACCAACGCUGUAAACCAUGUUACACCGUUCCGAAUCUAUCAAAAUCAAUAGAUGCUUUCAGCUAACAUUUGUGGCUUUAGAAGGAUAGAUAAUUUCUUUCAAAAUAUAAAUAUAAUAUAUUUAAUUAACUUUUUUUACAUUGAGAUAAAAUAAAUACUUAUAUAUAUAUAUAUAUUAUACUUUUAUUAUAAAACUUUAAAUCAACAAUAUUUGUUAUAAUUUCUUAGACAUUAAUAUAUAUACAUAUAUAUAACCCCAAAAUAAAAUUCAAAACUGUGAACUUAUAAAUAUAAUUUUUAAAUUUUUUAUAAUAAUUUAUUUUUAUAUUUUAUAAUUAUAUAAAAAUAAUAAUUUUAAUUUAUUAUUAAACCGUUGUUGCAUUUAGUAGUCAACCAAUCAUAAAUAUUUCGUAUUAAUUUCUAUUGAUAUACCAGUAGUACAAACAUUAAUAAUCAUUCGCAUCAAAAACUCCUACCACUGACCCUUACUCUCUAACCAACAUCCUGUCUCCUCCUACUAUGGUUUCAACUUUCAGCUAUCAAAGAUGGAUCAUGAUUGCUUAUUCGCUUGCCUGCUCAUUUGGAUUGUAUGUCGCAAAAUGAUACUUCCGAGUUCGUUUUUGGGCUUUAAUUCAUUUAUGGUUGACGUGGUUCAAUUUAGUUAUUAUCUUGUUAUUACCUUUUAUAUUGGACUUUUCUUUAUUUUGGGCUUAAAUCAUUUCGAUUGAUAGAGUAAAUUCUUGUUGGUUUUAAUUUUUGAAAAUAGUACUUUCUCAGCCAAAAGUCAUAUUUUUUGGGAUUCUUAUUUCUUACUAGAGAAGGAAACAAUUUCUUUUGCUGAGACUAUUAUUUACAAUUUUUGUUUUACUUUCUUACAAAUUUGUAAAUAACCAUCCUAUCCAUCAAUAAUUUAUUAAUUAAAACUAUACUAAAAAGAAAAAAAAUCUCUAAAACUCAUUUACAAAAAGACUAAUGUCAGUUAUAGCCUAAAAUUAGACGAAUGCGUUGAAAAUUAUGAUAAACCGGAAAUCCCACUCUUACUUUUGAUAAAGCAAAUUACCAAUGAGCCCUGGAAUCACAAAACGACAAAAUAGUACGAGAUUUGCUAACAACUUCGCCGCCAUAAGGGCAAAAUCGUCAAUUCAAUGAGUCCAACCCAAAUCCCCAAUGUCACGUGAUAAUAUCACGGUGAUAUAUAUACCACAAAGGAUAUCAAGAAAAUAAAAUAAAAACUCUCUCCCCUCUCUCUCUCUCUCUCUCUCUCUCUCUCUCUCUCUCUCUCCUCCUUUCAUCGUCGUACUAGUCUCUUUGCAGUCAUGGCAAUAACCGUAUACGACGCCCUCACGGAGAGGAAAAAAACCGCCAAGAUCAUCAAUUUUAGCGAUUCCGCCUCCUCUUCCUCCUCUUUAGUCAACCUCUCGUCGACUACUUUCCGUGACAGCAUCAGAUCGCUUCUCAGCGACUACGCCGUGACAGAAGAUUACACUGUCCACGGCAACACCGUCUCUUGUAUCUUCCUCUACAGCGUAGAAACCGGCGCCGUGUUCCCUCUUUUCGCCGUCGAAGAACGAAUCUCCGAAGGCGAUUUAUCUCAUAAUCUUCUCUGCGAUGUUUGUAGAUGCGUCGGUUGGGGUCAUCAUUACGUGACAAAGAGAAAGUAUCAUUUGAUAAUCCCGACGGUUGAUAAAUGGAAGGAGCCAUUGACGAGAGAGACCAUUAAGGCUAGCAAUCAUUUGAUGCAUGGUGUGAUUCACUGCAAUGGCUUUGGUCACUUGCUAUGCAUCAACACUGAUGGUGCUUUUCGUUACUUUUCUGGUGACCAAAUCAUGCACCUUUGGGACCGUCUCUGCUCAACUCUUCACACUAGGAAGAUUUCACUGGAUGAUAUAUCAAGGAAGGGAUCGAUGGAUCUGAGGCUGCUCCAUGGUGUUGCAUAUGGUCGACCCUGGUUUGGGAAAUGGGAUUACAUGUUCUCUCAUGGAAGCUUUGGGAUCAGAAAAGAACAAUACAGUCGAGCUAUUUGCAUUCUUAGCUCCAUGGAAGUUGACAAGAUAAAGGAAGAUUUCUCCGGAACAAGAAAAGAGAGACUGAUGAAGAUGAUCAUCAACUUCUACAGAGAAUCAAGUAAAACCCCAUUGGUCACUCUCUCUGAGUUGCUUCAGUUCAUGCUUGCCUUCGCUUCUAAAGCUCCCGUUGAAAGAACCACUGCAAUGUCACUAGUAACAAUAUCUUCACAUCAUGUUUCAAAUCAAGUUCUUGGAGACGAUGGAGACACUUCGGAUAGCUCUUAUACUUCAUCCCCUGAUGAUCAUGUGGAAUUGGAUGAUGAUGAGAAUGAUUCUGGCGCAGACACUGACCUAGCCGAUCAUGAUACUACAAUGGUGGGCAUGAAUCCCCCAAAGUAUAAUUCGUUUGAUGCUAUGGCCAGGGGAGAAGAUGCUAGAUGGUCUGCAAAGAGGUUGAGUAACGCAGCUCAAGCGGUUCUCAAAGUUUUCAACGAGAGAAACAACAGCGUCAUUACUCGCCAAGAGCUACGUGAAGCUGUUAGAGGCAGCAUUGGUGAUACAGGGUUGAUUGACUUCUUGCUCAAACACAUUGACAAGGUUCUAAUAGGUGACCAAAUAGUUCAGAGGUUCACAAACCCGGAAUCGCGGAUGCUACAAUUCUCACUAAGGAAAAUAACUCCCCCUGCUCUAGAUCGAGAAGCGAAAAAGAGAAGGAAAACUCAAGAAACUGAUGAAUGGAGAUCAACCACUCCUGGACUAGAUCCUUACGAAGACAUUCUCUAUCUCUAUCAGAAUCUCUUUCUGACUUAUCCUGAUACAGAAGUAUACAGUGAUGCCUCUGAAGUUAUCUUGAACUGCAAGGGCUUUGUGAAAGAAUGGCCCUUACCCUCUCACCAGGAACAGGACACUUUAACAGUAAGCUGCCAAGUCUUGCCUAAUCACGAGGAGGUACUCAGAGACUUCACCAGGAAACUACCCCCUGGUGAACUCGUGAUGGUUCCUCAAAACGCAACCAUCAGAGAACUUAAAUCUGCAGCAGAGAAAGCUCUGAGGGACACUUACUUCGUCAUGGAGAAUUUUGAAGUGUUGGAGAUCAAAAAGAAAGACCUUGAGAAGAUUGAUGAGACCACUGGUGUAAAGUCAGAUGGUAAUAAGAUUAUGAUGACAGAGUUUCUGGUGACAGGGUUUGGUCUGGAUACAGGGACAGAGCUAAGGUAUGAAGGCGGGUUUGAUGACUGGACCGUUGAGUGCAGAUGCGGUGCUAGAGAUGAUGACGGCGAGAGAAUGGUGGCUUGUGAUGCUUGCAAGGUUUGGCACCACACUAAGUGCCAUUCCAUAGAAGAUGAUGAAGCUGUGCCUAAGGUGUUUUUAUGUAAUAGGUGUUUUGGAGAUAGCGUGAGAUCCAAGAAACGCAGUGUUGCCAAUCGCUAGCACUUGCAUAGCCAAGUGUUUUGGAGAUCGCUUGCGAUCCAAGAAAUGCGGAGUUUCCCUAAUAUAUUUUAACAUAAACCAUUGAUUAUAUUAAUUAACAUGCAUAGCUGGUGUUUUGGAGAUCGCUAUGAUUGAUCGUACAUUGUUAUGUUGAACGUUUCCAAACCAUUGAUUACUUUAACCAUUGAUCGAUCUUUA